UUGCUUGCAGGUCUGCAACACUGCAGAGGGAGUUGCAGGUUAUCAGCUGUGUUCUUCCUCGCUCGCUCACCCAUCAUUAGGUUCCUGGCUAUAUACCCAUUACCAUAACCAUGUCCUACAGGCUCGGUGCUGCUGUUGGCCGCCUGGGUGCCGCAUCUCUCAACACUCUGAAGGUAGGCGCUCCAGCAGCUAGGCUCAGCGCUCAGGCUCCUAGCAAGGCUUAUGCUGAGGUGCCCGAAGCCCUGAAGCAGAAAAUGAAGAUCUUCCAGAACCCCAACGGCCUGCCAGUACACAUCAAGGGUGGCACAACUGACAAGAUCUUGCUCGCCUUAACCGCAAUUGUCUGCACCUUAGGCGUCUUGGAGUCCCUCCGUGUGUACUACGUCCUCUCCUAUCCCCCGAAGAAGUAAGUGGCCAGCCACCUUCAGCCGAUACCAGCAACAGGAGCAGAGCGCUGUGAAAUUCCAUAGUCAAAAUAAGGCGCACUAUACUUUUCUUUAUCCACUGAAGCCAUCAAGAGUGAAAUAAGAGAGCCAUGGUAUGUCUCAAGACAGCAGUAUGACACAAAAAUGUUUUCCCUCUCUUCGUAAGUCAUUAGAGCAAAAGCAUGCUACUUUUAAGCUCUUUCAGCAUGAAUAACACCUAUAAAUACAUAUGCAAUUGGCAACAUCAAGAUUAAACAAAAACAUUGGGCUGGAGUACCCUUAUAGUGAGCAAGCAGUACAAUGUUUGCUUUGUCAAACAGCUGGAACAAAACAUUGCAUAUUUCAUAGUCAAUAGUAAGACAUUGGUUAAUUUACACUAAUUAUACCCCUCGUACCAACAAGAUGAGCAGAACUCUGAUAUUUAUAUGAAGCUAACUGUAAAAUCCGGAGCUAUAUCCUAGGACAAUAUAAGAAUUUUCGCCCUCUGCAUGCAUGCAACAUUUAUAUAUAUACCGUUUCUUGGUGUAUCUAACCAAUUUACUUUUACCCUAGUCUAUGUUGAGGACUUGCUGGUUGUUCAGUAAGAUAUUGUGGUGGCCUUAUAACCCACCAGAGAUCGAUAGGCCUAUAAGCCCAACACUAAAUCUCUCAACCGUAAUAUUUCUUCAGCAUUUCUGAAGGCUACAGCAAGCCCUCCAUUGGCUGAAAGCAAGACUGAGGGCUACAGAAAGCCCUCCCACAGAAAUGAACUGAAGCAAGAUUUUCCAGUAACAGAUUGUAACGUAAACAAGAGCUACUGAUGUUAAUGUAAGUAGACGUUUCACCAAGUCUCUCAGGAGAGAUAUGUUUUAUUUUUACUUUAUAAAUAUUUUUCUAAAUGGAAAUAAGUUCACGAACAGCAAAACUGGACCUCAUUCAUCCAAGUUCUAUUGACUCAAAUACAGAAUUUGUUUAGUUUUAUUUUAAUAAUAGAAAAAUGUUGAGCUACUGAUGUUGCACAUUUGUACUUAAAUAUCUACGUUUAAAGCCAUGGCUUAGGAGAGUAGAUAAUAAAUAUCUACAGUUGGUAGGAUUACAUCUACAAAUGCCUAGGCAGAGGUUGUCAGACCUGUCGCUUCCACUGUUUCCAAAAUAAAAAUAUUGUUUACAACUGCAUUCAUUAACAGUUUAUUUGAUGAGCAAUAUGAUUUCCAUUUGCAUUAUUUUUUAGUCUGAGACCUUCACUCAAUAUGUAAAAUAAGAGUAAUGAGCCAGCCACGCUCUAAUUAAUAUAUCUGCACACUAGUCAUUUGAUGUAAUUGCUCAUUUGUAAAUAAGUUGGUUGUCAUAAUAUAUCUUUGUUCUUAAGUUCUAUACAUCGUCAAUAAUCUUCGCUUUAACUACUUGACGAUAACCGGUGACCUUAAAUCUUUUGCAGAGGCUACAAUGAUUUAACAUAGGUAUCCCUAAAUACGACUGAAGAGAAAACGGGAAUAUAGAUGAUGUAUUGUAUACUUAAUUGAUAUAUUUGUAAAUAAAAGGACGACGGUG